UUUACGUAUCACAAGCAAAGGACCCAACUGCGAAUUUGAUCUGUAAAGUCAAUUUAUAAUUUGUUCAGUUUGUCCUCUGCUUCACAAAUUUCCCUCGAAAAAAAACCAAAGGCACAAUUCUAAUAUGGCCGGAAAUUGGCUACUCCCGGCACAGUUGACCCGGAGUGGGAGGCCGGUGCUUGAAGCAGGUGAAGUAGAGUGCAGCCUUCUCUCCUCCGUAGACCUCCUUUCUGAAGAAAACCCAAACUUCCCUCACCUUAAAUCGGGCCUCCUCAUUCUCACAACUCACCGUCUUAUUUGGGUCCAAGAAUCAUCCACCACCUUCCCUCCUACUGCUGUAUUCAUCCCUCUUUCAGCUGUCACUCACAUCUUCUCCCUCAAAAAAUCCAUCAAGUCAAUGUUUGCAAGCCCUAGAUUCCGAUUUCAGGCCUCACUUAAAGGGAUGGUGGUGGUGAUUACUUUGAUUCUUAGGGGCAAAUCGGACAUUGACUCGUUUUUAGAGAAGUUUUGGGAAGCAUGGAGAAGGAAAGCUUGGGAAGAUCGGGUAGUAAAAUCUGGGUCGGAGGCUUCGGGUUCGGGUCAUGGGUCGGGUGGUGAUGUAGGAUUUGCAGUGAAGAUGCCGGUUGUUGGUGUAGCUGGGAUAUUGAGGAAAGAGCAGGAGAUGUGGGAGAAUACUGAUAAGAGCUUGCAGGAUGCUUUUCAGGAUUUGAAUGCUCUCAUGGGUAAGGCUAAAGAAAUGGUGAUCCUAGCUGAGAGAAUGAGAACAAAGCUUCUCUCUGGCUCAACUAGUCAGGCCACUGGCACAAAUGAUGAGGAAAUUGGCACCAAAGAAGAGAUGCAAGAAUUACUAUUAAGUGUUGGUAUUGUGUCUCCAGUUACUAAAGAAUCUGCUGGUGCUUUGUAUCAUCAACAAUUAUCUCGGCAGUUGGCAGAUUUUGUCAAAAUUCCACUGGAGAGAUCUGGAGGAAUGAUUAAUCUCAUUGACAUCUAUUGCCUUUUCAAUCGGGCUCGCGGAACAGAAUUGAUCUCGCCCGAUGAUUUGCUGCGUGCUUGUUCUCUCUGGGAGAAGUUUGACGUGUAUGCCUCCCCCUUUUCCCUACACACACNGUGCCCACAAUUCUGCUAUCAAUUGCAGGUAUUUACUAGAAUAAGAUCUUUGGUUACUACACCGGACACUUUACGAGCAGGGAUCACUGCUAGUGAUGCUGCAAUGACUCUGGGAAUUGCUCCAGCUAUGGCCAAAGAGCACCUUCUUGCAGCCGAGGCCAAAGGACUUCUGUGUAGAGAUGUUAGUCCAGAUGGAUUCCGCUUUUUCGUCAAUUUGUUGCAAGAAGUUGAUGCUGAUGAUAUAUUCUUAGUGAAAGAUUAUGGAAUCUACCAUACAUGGGUCAAAGCUAUCUCUGCUGCCAGGUGAAAUAGAAGCAGCAUGAUAAAGAAAUUCAUGCAUCAGGAUGCUCUUUCAGGGCUAGUUUGCGCUGCUUUAGGUGCCUCUUGGAAAUUUAUUUACUGCAAAGCUUGAACGGGAGACUAAAAAUAGGAUGAAUAGUCCCCGUCCCCACUUGAAGAGCCGGAAGGGGAGAUCACAAGGCUGGAGGUUUGCCUAGGUUUUGCUUGUUAGGAUACUCGUGGCACAGGAAUUGAGUUGAAAUUACAUACUUACAGCAUGAUACGGACAGAGAAGUCCACACUAGGUGCAGCAUUUCAAGGUAAAGGUAAUAUACUGCGGCACCUGAUUCUAGUUCCCGUUCGACAGAAAUAAAGAGUUGAACUAGUCUGUAUUAUGGUUAUUUAAGCACUGUAGCAUUGCUUUGUUUCAGUUAUCUUUUCUUGUACAUUUGAAUCAUAGAAACUUCACACAUUUUUAUUGGAUUGCCAUUAUACAGGGGUGCAACAUUGAUUGGUCUCCAAACUAUAUUGGAUAUAGGAAGUUAUGUGUA